ACAACACCCCUACAGCUCUUGCUGCCUCUUCUCUGUCUUCUCCCCUCGUCGCUCUCUGCAGGCGACUCGCAGCGAAGUCCACCGGGCAAGAAUGCCAUCCUUCUCUCCCAGGUCCACUCUCUUACACUGCGAGGUGGUCGACUUACCAGCUCCCGUCGCGUAUCGCCCGUCCCACAACUAAAAUGCGCCGGUCCUUCAAAGCGCAUAUGCAACAUGUACGAACUAGAUGCUAUGAGGUGUACUAACGAGGGCUACGGUUACGACGAAGAGGACGUCCAGUGGACCUGCACCGCGUCCCUCCCCGGCGAAUUCAAGCUUGGUUCGACAGAUGUGGUGUGCGAGGGCUAUCGCAACGCAGACGACCCGUGGGUUCUGAAGGGGAGCUGUGGGGUGGAAUAUCGGCUACUUCUGACCGAUCAAGGAGAGCAGAAAUUUGGACAUGGCUCGUUCGAUGAAAACAAUUGGUGGCGUGGCCAGAAGCCGUGGGGACGGUUCGGCGAUUCUCACUCGCUCCUGAAUUCUUUGGGUAACCUACUCUUCUGGGGCAUCUUUCUUGGAGUUUUCCUCUGGAUCAUCUUUGCGAUGCUAUGGGAAUGUUUUGGUGGGGAAAGAAACCCGCCACGACCCGGUCGCCGCUGGGGCUGGGGUGGUGGUGGUGGUGGUGGUGACGGAGGACCAUAUCCUGGCGAUCCUCCUCCGCCAUACAGUAGCAGCUAUUCUUACAGU